UGUUGUCACUAUGCUUAUAGGUGUAGUUAUACCAUGCUUUAAACAAGUAUUUUGAAACUAAUAUAGGGAAACACUGAAGAAUGCCGUGAUUCAUGUUCCAGCAGAAUAUCAGACGAUUUGCUGAAGACGCUUUCUCUUUUAUUUCACUCAUAGCGAUAUUCGAUUUGGGAAGUUGGCUACUAAAAUUUCUUAGUAUUGGAUAGUAGUAACUGGGCACUAAUUAUCAUUCCUUCAUCGUCUCAGGAAAUGUUAUGAAUCCUAAGGGAAGCUUGCUGCAAUGAUAUGAUUCCCUUCGCAGAUGCUUUCUAAACAAUGAUAAUCAGAAAUGAAGAACAUGUGUGGUACAACGUCAGAUAUUAUUAGCGAUCUUCCUGAUACUAUAAUUGAAAAGAUCUUAGUACUUAUGUCCAUAAGAGAUGCAGUGAGGACAAGUGUUUUGUCAAAGAAAUUGAGGUUUAACUGGAUAAAUAUUCCGGUACUGGCAUUUGAUGAUACGUCACUAGUGGAUCCUUGCCCGACUUUCUUUCACCAACUAUUGCCACCAGACCAACUACUCUCAAUUAAGAACAGACUUUUGGCUACUAUAUACCAUGUUCUAUUACUUCACCGCGGCCCAAUACUUAAGUUCAGUCUUUCUAUUUCCGAACUAAAAAGCUGUUCCGAAAUUGACGUCUCGAUAAGUAUUUUGUCAAACCAUGGUAUCCAGGAACUCACCUUGCAAAUUCGGAAGGGUGACCCUCAUGAAUUGCCUCAAUCUCUAUUUUCUUGUCAGCAGUUGACGUACUUGAAUCUCCAUUCUUGUGUAUUUAAACGCCCAACAACCUUUAAGGGAUUUCCUCGGGUGGUUUGUCUGGAGCUUCGUGAAGUCAUCAUCACUGCGGACUUGUUUGAAACUUUUGUUUCUAGUUGCCCAGUACUUGAACAAUUGACGUUUGAAAGUUCCUCGAGGUUUGACUUCAAUGGAAUCGAUGCUCCUAAUCUGAAAGUACUUAGCUUAAUGGGGAUUUUCAAAUCUAUUAGUGUCAAGAAUGCACCUAAAGUUGCAAACUUUUCGAUACGCUCAAAAGCUUCCGUAGGUGUAGUGGAAGGAGGAGGUAAAUUUGACUGGGCCGGUCUUUUGGAUGGUCUACCUGUUCUUAAGAGUCUGCGUAUGGACAGUCCAUAUCUUAUGUCCCUGGUUGAAGAAGUUCGUUUAGGACAAGUUGGACAACGGCUUCCUACAUUAUGGCACCUUAAUAUCCUAGAAUUAUCUGAUGUUCACCUUGGGAAACGAGUUGUCGGGAUGAUUUUGAAGUUGAUUACUCACUCCCCAACAUUGCAUAAAGUGAUAAUUAAGCCUAUUAUAACAGGUGAUAAAAAUGAAGCUUCUGUUCUGAAAUUUUGUGAAGCAACUUUAGUCAGCUCGAAGUGGUAUCUGAACUAUCUUCGGGAGGUGGAGAUGCGUCUUGUAUCUGGUGCAAAAAUUGAAUUACACUUCAUGAAGUUUCUGUUAGCCAAAUCCCGAGUAUUGGAGAGCAUGGUUGUGAAGCCAAAUCCAGCUAAAGUUUCUGAUGGAGGAUUGAGCAUCUUGAAAGAGUUAUCACAAUUUCAGCGUUUAUCACCCAAGGCAAAAUCAUGUACAGAGAUCCAAAUGAAUGAAAGGCAGGUUUAGUUUAUGGAUGAUACCGUUUGGACCAUCUCAGUCAUGUCAUUGCAAUGAAGAUACGUAGAUCUCAUGCGAAAUUUGUU